CUCGCCCCUCCCUCCGUGGAGGAAGGAGGGCUUUCAAGAUGGCGGCGCCGGAGGAGCGGCUCCUGUCGGACGGGGAAGGCGGCGCCCUGGGUUCGGCUCGGCUCUCCCCGCCCCCGGUUUCGGAGCCUCCCGAGGCUCUGGCGCCUUUGGAGCCGCCGCCUCAGAGCAACACGCUCAUGGGGCUGCCCAUCGUGGCGAUCGAGAGCAUCCUUAGCUUCCUGUCCUACGAUGAGACGAGCCAGCUCCGCCUGGUUUGUAAGCGAAUGGACUUGGUUUGCCAACGAAUGCUAAAUCAGGGGUUUCUGAAAGUGGAAAGAUAUCACAACCUGUGUCAAAAGCAAGUUAAAGCUCAGCUUCCAAGACGGGAGUCAGAGAGAAGAAACCAUUCAUUAGCUCGUCAUGCAGACAUCCUUGCUGCGGUAGAAACAAGACUCUCUCUGUUAAAUAUGACUUUCAUGAAGUAUGUGGAUUCCAAUCUCUGUUGCUUCAUACCUGGAAAGGUAAUAGAUGAAAUUUAUCGUGUGCUAAGGUAUGUAAACUCUACAAGGGCUCCUCAGAGAGCUCAUGAAGUUCUUCAAGAACUAAGGGACAUUUCCUCCAUGGCUAUGGAAUAUUUUGAUGAGAAGAUUGUUCCAAUACUGAAAAGAAAGAUGCCUGGGUCAGAUGUAUCGGGACGUCUGAUAGGAACUGCCCCAGGAACUUUAAUAAAAUCAACAUUCCCAAGCUCAAAUUCCAGUAUGGUUUUAGUACUUAGGAAGAGUGAUUCUAAAGAAGCACGGAAAAUAAAUCCCCUUCUUCUAAAAAUUCCAGGGCCUUCUGCAGCACUGACAACAAUGCAGCUAUUCUCCAAGCAGAGCCCUUCAAGACAGGAAGUCACCAAACUCCAGCAGCAAGUAAAAGCGAAUGGCACAGGCUUGACGUCGCUAAAGCGAGAAAUCUCAGAGAUUCGCAUCAAAGUGCAAGAGCAACAGAAACAACUCCAAGAUCAAGAUCAGAAACUGCUUGAGCAAACCCAAAUCAUAGGUGAACAGAAUGCCCGAUUGGCUGAGCUUGAACGGAAGCUGCGAGAGGUGAUGGAGAGUACAGUAGGAAAUUCUUCAGGUUCUAACUCAAACGAACAACCUCCUAGAAAACGGAAGGCAGUUGAAUCCACAGACUGUCCUAGGAAAUCUAAACGCCUUCGGAACAGAAAAUAACUUGGCAAUGAAUGACACCUUCAGGAGGAUACACUGCUUUAGUAGCCCAAGCAGGUCUGCUUGUUUGGAUACUGUGACUAGCUUCAUGGUGUCACUUAGGCUGCUGGCACUUCAAAACACCACUUAGACUUGAACAGUAAUUUUCUUUCAUUGAGACUUUUUCCCCUGCUUUCUGUAUGGGUGGGCCUAAUGCACAGAAUCUUUAAGAGUUGCAAUAGUUACAUACUAACCAGACCUGCUCUGUUAUGUUUUGAAAGGUUAAUCUCUUUCUGUGCAGAUGUGUUCGAAGUAAACUUAUUUGUGUUUAUGCAUAUGUUCACAUAAAAUCAUAAAUAAAUCCAGUCUUAAAUGACUAAAAAAGUUAAACCUAAAAACAGAUGUCCUGUUCACUUGAAGGAAAGAUCCACUUGGAAAAUCUUGUUUUGGAGAACUUGACCUUUUUUUGUUACAAGUGACCUUGUCUGGAAUGUCUGAAAAGUGGUUAAUACUUUUUGGGAAUCUCUGUAAUGAGUAAAACUGACUUCUGAAGUUAUGGUAUUGGCUAUAUAUUUUUGUAAACUUACAAGGAAGGGCCUUCUGUCCAGUCUUGACAUGCACACCCCCUGGUUCUAGGUGUUGGGAGCCAUAUUCUACGUUUGCAUGGAUAGAUGCAUGCGCAGCUUAGUCAACCUGCUAAAAGCACUUGCCUGAAAUUGUUCUUAACUUCUGGGAGAGCAAUUUCUUUGUUCCUCAGCCAUAACUUAGCAUCUGCUUUCAGCACAACUGCUUUCUUACAAUGAGGUGGUCUUACGAAGUAAGAGUUUGAAGCUAGACUGUCUGCCACUUCCACUACCUGCAAGUUGCAGGUAUUCAUAGCCAAAUCUGAAGAAUUGAGAAGCUGCCUUUGCAUCCCUCUAUUCACAGGCCAACAUCUACUAAGUAUCCAACAAAUUGUCCUUACAAUAAUCAAGAUCAGGGGGACAUUGUUUCAAUUAAAUGCUUUAUUAUGGAAAAACCUAAACUGUUUUGUGAGUAUGUGUUGGGAAUGGGAUGGAACUUGUAUCACAAACAAUGAUAUUCUAAGCUUUCCUUACCCUAAAAGAUGAAUUGCUUAAGACAAAGCUUUAAUUUCUUUUUGCACUUGUGUUUUGAGCUUGUAAUCACGAAACAUGUCUUGCACUGUUCAGUAUCUUUGGUCACUUUAACAACCUCAGAGUUAUGUACAGUGAUUUUAAUUCUUUUAACUCCCCCAUCUGUAUAUUUUUGGAACCUUAUACGACUACCAUUGUCCUUGGUUUUGUUUUAAUGUACUCAACUAAGUAGCUUUAUCAUUCCACAUAUGUUCUCUUUUAUCAGCUGUUGCUUUGAGUUUAGAUGAUUCUGAAUUCAACUUGCUAUGGCACUGAAAAUGCAAAUGCUGCCUUGGUAGCUUUUCAGAAUCUUGUUAUUAUUACUAUGGGUUGCAAUACAAAUUACUCUUACAUUUUAUGUGGCUGUCAGCAUAACAUAGUGGUUGUAGUUAAGUCACCAAAUUGAAAAUUAGUCAAAUUUUAUAUGUAACUGGAAAAGGGACAUUUUUUUUCCUGAAACUCCAGCUACAAUUUUUACUUCUAAAACAUUAGCUCAUAUCAGAAGUAACAUUGCAAAUGCCUAAUUACUGGCAGACAUGUGAUUUUAAGAUAGACUUGUUGGGUAGUUUGAGUCUUUUUUAAAAGGCCUGUUUCUUGAAAGCAUCAUGGAAGUGAGUGGAACUGUUGAAAGAGCACUUGUUAUUGCUGAUCUUCCACUGCCCAGAAUUUUUUUACUGUUCAAGAUCUCUUUAUGAUAGAUAUGUACUGUUCAGUUUAAAAAUCCUGGAGUAUAAUUUGUUUUAAAGAAUAAUUUUGAAUCAAAGGAUCAGCAUGAUACCUGCAGUCUCAAAGCUGGGUUCCUUUCUCAGUGUGCAAAGACCGAGACACUUGUUUUAUUCCAGUUCAGUGCAGAAGAGGGUGCUAAAGAAUAUCACCACAAAGCUAGCAUGCUGAUUGUUGAGAUGAUCCUUCACUUAUGCAGUCAUAAUGAGCAUAUUCCUUAUUUACCGUGGUUUUACUGGUGAAUAUUAUCCUUCCUUUAAAGCAAAUUGGAAUAUAGUUUCCUUGCCUUCAUUUAAUAGGUUUUAAUUUCAGUGAGCAAACUCGGUGCAUAGAGGUCUUUGAGUGGAGAUGAGUAUCCUAACUUCUAGAGGUGUGGGGGUUAGCCUUCUAAUGUAUUAUGAUCAGCUUAAGGUGACUAAAGUUUAUGUUGGGUUUCUGUCAUCUGUCAAUCUGUCCCUGAUCAGUCUUGCAUUCUAUUACCGUUCCUACCCAAACCUUCGAAGAACAAUGCCUAAAGUUGGUACUAACAACAAUUAAGAGACUAAUUACAACGUUUUGUUCUACAGGACUUUUCAUUCUGGUUGCCUUGGUUUCAAAACAGACUCUUCAUGGUUGCCUAACUUUGUAACUCUGUGGUUGCCUGAUUCUGGUAAUUUCUAGCUUUUUUUGACAUCAGCUAUAAUUACUGUGUAUCAUUUGAUACAAAUUCAUUUAAUGGUCAUUCAUGAUGACAAAUUCAUGUAAUGGUCUAGUUACUUGUCGUUAAAUUCUUCUCAACAAGUAUAAACUUGUGAACUGUGUUUACUGGAAAGAUUUAUUCAUACAUUUCUUACUAUCUUUCA